AUCAAGCACUCAUCGUACCUUCAGCUGUUUUUAGCCGCAAACAUUCGCAGCGUAACACGUUUCAGAUUGGAAUAACCUCACCUCUGAAACCCUGGCAUGUUGUUUGAGAACAACCUGAAGCUCGUGCGCAUGUGCGGCAGGAGUGUGUGUGAAGCGCUGAUCCAGCGAGCACACAAACACAAGACAGUCCCGCUGUCGGAGAAGAAGCUAAGCCGGUAUUUCGUGGACCAGCGCAGGGUGAAGGUCGUGGCGGGACGCGGGGGUGACGGAGCCUCCAGCUUCCACAGUGAGCCCUGGAAAGAGUGGGGGGGUCCAGACGGGGGGGACGGAGGAGCCGGAGGAGACGUCAUCAUCAGAGUGGACCGGCAGGUGAAGUCACUGUCCUCUGUGUCAACAGUGUACCGUGGGAAAGACGGAGUGGCAGGAAGCAGUAAAAACUGCUACGGACGCAAUGGCAGACCCACCUACAUCUCAGUUCCUCUGGGUACGGCUGUGAAGGAAGCGGGCGAGACGCUGGCAGACCUCUCUCUCCACGAGCAGAUGUUCACCCUGGCGUACGGAGGGGCCGGCGGGAAGGGGAACCGCUUCUUCCUGUCGAACGAGAACCGGGCUCCGAUGACGGCCACGGCGGGAGAGAAGGGCCAGGAGCGAGAGGUUCAGCUGGAGCUGCGCACCAUGGCUCACGCCGCACUGGUCGGCUUUCCAAACGCAGGCAAGUCCUCUCUGCUGCGAGCGAUCUCUAACGCCCGGCCGGCUGUGGCCCCGUACCCCUUCACCACACUCAAACCUCAUGUGGGCAUCGUCCAGUACAGAGACCACGAGCAGGUGGCAGUGGCGGAUAUUCCCGGGCUGAUCCCCGGAGCUCAUCUGAACCGUGGGCUGGGUGUGUGUUUCCUGCGGCACAUCGAGCGCUGCCGUGUCCUGCUGUAUGUGCUGGACAUGUCGUGUGCGGAGCCCUGGGUUCAGCUCCAGCAGCUGAGCUUCGAGCUCGACCAGUACAGGCCUCAGCUCUCCCUCAGACCGCACGCCGUCGUGGCCAACAAGAUGGACCUGCCGGGGGCCAGGAGGAGCCUGGAGGCCCUGAGGAGCCGCGUCCCGCACACGGUCAUCCCGGUGUCUGCACUGACCGGGGAAAACACCGCAGAGCUGGUCCUGCACCUGCGGCGGAUGUACGACAGCGGACUCUCGUAGCAAACAU